AUGUUCCAACACAGGUCCGAACCAAAGUGUUCCAACACAGGCCAGCACCAAGGUGUUCCAACACAGGUCAGAACCAAAGUGUUCCAACACAGGUCAGAACCAAAGUGUUCCAACACAGGUCAGAACCAAAGUGUUCCAACACAGGUCCGAACCAAAGUGUUCCAACACAGGUCAAAACCAACGUGUUCCAACACAGGUCAGAACCAAAGUGUUCCAACACAGGUCAAAGUGUUCCAACACAGGUCAAAACCAACGUGUUCCAACACAGGUCCGAACCAAAGUGUUCCAACACAGGUCAGAACCAAAGUGUUCCAACACAGGUCCGAACCAAAGUGUUCCAACACAGGUCAGAACCAAAGUGUUCCAACACAGGUCAGAACCAACGUGUUCCAACACAGGUCAGAACCAAAGUGUUCCAACACAGGUCAGAACCAAAGUGUUCCAACACAGGUCAGAACCAAAGUGUUCCAACACAGGUCCGAACCAAAGUGUUUUAACACAGGUCAGAACCAAAGUGUCCCAACACAGGUCCGAACCAAAGUGUCCCAACACAGGUCCGAACCAAAGUGUCCCAACACAGGUCAGAACCAAAGUGUUCCAACACAGGUCAGAACCAAAGUGUUCCAACACAGGUCAGAACAGAAGUGUUCCAGCACAGGUCAGAACCAAAGUGUUCCAACACAGGUCCGAUCCAAAGUGUCCCAACACAGGUCCGAACCAAAGUGUCCCAACACAGGUCCGAUCCAAAGUGUCCCAACACAGGUCCGAACCAAAGUGUCCCAACACAGGUCAGAACCAAAGUGUCCCAACACAGGUCAGAACCAAAGUGUUCCAACACAGGUCAGAACAGAAGUGUUCCAACACAGGUCAGAACCAAAGUGUUCCAGCACAGGUCAGAACCAAAGUGUUCCAACACAGGUCAGAACCAACGUGUUCCAACGCAGGUCAGGCCCAAAGAGUUCCAACACAAGUCAGAACCAAAGUGUUCCAACACAGGUCCGAACCAAAGUGUUCCAACACAGGUCAGAACCAAAGUGUUCCAACACAGGUCAGAACCAAAGUGUUCCAACACAGGUCAGAACCAACGUGUUCCAACGCAGGUCCGAACCAAAGUGUCCCAACACAGGUCAGGCCCAAAGAGUUCCAACACAAGUCAGAACCAAAGUGUUCCAACACAGGUCCGAACCAAAGUGUUCCAACACAGGUCAGAACCAAAGUGUUCCAACACAGGUCAGAACCAAAGUGUUCCAAGACAGGUCAAAGUGCUCCAACACAGGUCAGAACCAAAGUGUUCCAACACAGGUCAAAGUGUCCCAACACAGGUCAGAACCAAAGUGUUCCAACACAGGUCAGAACCAAAGUGUUCCAAAACAGGUCAGAACCAACGUGUUCCAACACAGGUCAGAACCAAAGUGUUCCAACACAGGUCCGAACCAAGGUGUUCCAACACAGGUCCGAACCAAAGUGUCCCAACACAGGUCCGAACCAAAGUGUCCCAACACAGGUCAGAACCAAAGAGUUCCAACACAGGUCAGAACCAAAGUGUUCCAACACAGUAUAGAACCAAAGUGUUCCAACACAGGUCAGAACCAAAGUGUUCCAACACAGGUCAGAACCAAAGUGUUCCAACACAGGUCAGAACCAAAGUGUUCCAACACAGGACAAAGUGUUCCAACACAGGUCAGAACCAAAGUGUUCCAACACAGGUCAGAACCAAAGUGUUCCAACACAGGUCCGAACCAAAGUGUUUUAACACAGGUCAGAACCAAAGUGUCCCAACACAGGUCAGAACCAAAGUGUUCCAACACAGGUCCGAACCAAAGUGUUCCAACACAGGUCCGAACCAAAGUGUCCAAACACAGGUCCGAACCAAAGUGUCCAAACACAGGUCCGAACCAAAGUGUCCCAACACAGGUCAGAACCAAAGUGUCCCAACACAGGUCAGAACCAAAGUGUUUUAACACAGGUCAGAACCAAAGUGUUCCAACACAGGUCAAAGUGUUCCAACACAGGUCAGAACCAAAGUGUUCCAACACAGGUCAGAACCAAAGUGUUCCAACACAGGUCAGAACCAAAGUGUUCCAACACAGGUCAAAGUGUUCCAACACAGGUCAGAACCAAAGUGUUCCAACACAGGUCAAAGUGUUCCAACACAGGUCAGAACCAAAGUGUUCCAACACAGGUCCGAACCAAAGUGUUUUAACACAGGUCAGAACCAAAGUGUUCCAACACAGGUCAGAACCAAAGUGUCCCAACACAGGUCCGAACCAAAGUGUCCCAACACAGGUCCGAACCAAAGUGUCCCAACACAGGUCCGAACCAAAGUGUCCCAACACAGGUCCGAACCAAAGUGUCCCAACACAGGUCAGAACCAAAGUGUCCCAACACAGGUCAGAACCAAAGUGUUUUAACACAGGUCAGAACCAAAGGGUUCCAACACAGGUCAAAAUGUUCCAACACAGGUCAGAACCAAAGUGUUCCAACACAGGUCCGAACCAAAGUGUUCCAACACAGGUCAGAACCAACGUGUUCCAACACAGGUCAGAACCAAAGUGUUCCAACACAGGUCCGAACCAAAGUGUUCCAACACAGGUCAGAACCAACGUGUUCCAACACAGGUCAGAACCAAAGUGUUCCAACACAGGUCAGAACCAAGGUGUUCCAACACAGGUCAGAACCAAAGUGUUCCAACACAGGUCUAAGUGUUCCAACACAGGUCAGAACCAAAGUGUUCCAACACAGGUCCAACACAGGUCAGAACCAAAGUGUUCCAACACAGGUCAAAGUAUUCCAACACAGGUCAGAACCAAAGUGUUCCAACACAGGUCCGAACCAAAGUGUUCCAACACAGGUCAGAACCAAAGUGUUCCAACACAGGUCAGAACCAACGUGUUCCAACACAGGUCAGAACCAACGUGUUCCAACACAGGUCAGAACCAAGGUGUUCCAACACAGGUCCGAACCAAAGUGUUCCAACACAGGUCCGAACCAAAGUGUUCCAACACAGGUCAGAACCAAGGUGUUCCAACACAGGUCCGAACCAAAAUGUUCCAACACAGGUCCAAACCAAAGUGUUCCAACACAGGCCAGAACCAAGGUGUUCCAACACAGGUCAGAACCAAAGUGUUCCAACACAGGUCAGAACCAAAGUGUUCCGACACAGGUCAGAACCAAAGUGUUCCAACACAGGUCAGAACCAAAGUGUUUCAACACAGGUCAGAACCAAAGUGUUCCAACACAGGUCCAAACCAAAGUGUUCCAACACAGGUCAAAACCAACGUGUUCCAACACAAGUCAGAACCAAAGUGUUCCAACACAGGUCAAAACCAACGUGUUCCAACACAGGUCAAAACCAACGUGUUCCAACACAGGUCAGGCCCAAAGUGUUCCAACACAGGUCAGAACCAAAGUGUUCCAACACAGGUCAGAACCAAAGUGUUCCAACACAGGUCAAAGUGUUCCAACACAGGUCAGAACCAAAAUGUUUUAACACAGGUCAGAACCAAAGUGUUCCAACACAGGUCAGAACCAAAGUGUUCCAACACAGGUCAGAACCAAAUUGUUCCAACACAGGACAGAACCAAAGUGUUCCAACACAGGUCAGAACCAAAGUGUUCCAACACAGGUCAGAACCAAAGUGUUCCAACACAGGUCAGAACCAAAGUGUUCCAACACAGGUCAGAACCAAAGUGUUCCAACACAGGUCAGAACCAAAAUGUUCCAACACAGGUCAAAGUGUUCCAACACAGGUCAGAACCAACGUGUUCCAACACAGGUCAGAACCAAAGUGUUCCAACACAGGUCAAAGUGUUCCAACACAGGUCAGAACCAAAAUGUUUUAACACAGGUCAGAACCAAACUGUUCCAACACAGGUCAGAACCAAAGAGUUCCAACACAGGUCAGAACCAAAGUGUUCCAACACAGGUCAGAACCAAAGUGUUCCAACACAGGUCAGAACCAAAGUGUUCCAACACAGGUCAGAACCAAAGUGUUCCAACACAGGUCAGAACCAAAGUGUUCCAACACAGGACAGAACCAAAGUGUUCCAACACAGGUCAGAACCAAAGUGUUCCAACACAGGUCAGAACCAAAGUGUUCCAACACAGGUCAGAACCAAAGUGUUCCAACACAGGUCAGAACCAAAGUGUUCCAACACAGGACAGAACCAAAGUGUUCCAACACAGGUCAGAACCAAAGUGUUCCAACACAGGUCAGAACCAACGUGUUCCAACACAGGUCAGAACCAACGUGUUCCAACACAGGUCAGAACCAACGUGUUCCAACACAGGUCAGAACCAAAGUGUUCCAACACAGGUCAGAACCAAAGUGUUCCAACACAGAGGACCUGUCUGUCCUCACUGUGCUCUGGUCUGGACCUCAGAGGAACUGUCUGUCCUCACUGUGCUCUGGCCUGGACCUCAGAGGACCUGUCUGUCCUCACUGUGCUCUGGCCUGGACCUCAGAGGAACUGUCUGUCCUCACUGUGCUCUGGCCUGGACCUCAGAGGAACUGUCUGUCCUCACUGUGCUCUGGCCUGGACCUCAGAGGAACUGUCUGUCCUCACUGUGCUCUGGCCUGGACCUCAGAGGAACUGUCUGUCCUCACUGUGCUCUGGUCUGGACCUCAGAGGAACUGUCUGUCCUCACUGUGCUCUGGUCUGGACCUCAGAGGACCUGUCUGUCCUCACUGUGCUCUGGUCUGGACCUCAGAGGAACUGUCUGUCCUCACUGUGCUCUGGUCUGGACCUCAGAGGAACUGUCUGUCCUAACUGUGCUCUGGUCUGGACCUCAGAGGAACUGUCUGUCCUCACUGUGCUCUGGUCUGGACCUCAGAGGACCUGUCUGUCCUCACUGUGCUCUGGUCUGGACCUCAGAGGAACUGUCUGUCCUCACUGUGCUCUGGUCUGGACCUCAGAGGACCUGUCUGUCCUCACUGUGCUCUGGUCUGGACCUCAGAGGACCUGUCUGUCCUCACUGUGCUCUGGUCUGGACCUCAGAGGACCUGUCUGUCCUAACUGUGCUCUGGUCUGGACCUCAGAGGAACUGUCUGUCCUCACUGUGCUCUGGUCUGGACCUCAGAGGACCUGUCUGUCCUCACUGUGCUCUGGCCUGGACCUCAGAGGACCUGUCUGUCCUCACUGUGCUCUGGCCUGGACCUCAGAGGACCUGUCUGUCCUCACUGUGCUCUGGCCUGGACCUCAGAGGACCUGUCUGUCCUCACUGUGCUCUGGCCUGGACCUCAGAGGAACUGUCUGUCCUCACUGUGCUCUGGCCUGGACCUCAGAGGACCUGUCUGUCCUCACUGUGCUCUGGCCUGGACCUCAGAGGAACUGUCUGUCCUCACUGUGCUCUGGCCUGGACCUCAGAGGAACUGUCUCGAACCACACGGUGAUGGAGGAGGUGAUGGAGGAGGUGAUGGAGGAGGUGAUGGAGGAGGUGAUGGAGGAGGUGAUGGAGGAGGUGAUGAGGAGGAGGUGA